UUUCCUUUCUCACCAUUGCUUUAAACUAAUAAAUCAAAAUGUGGAUAUAUCACUAUCUGCUCCUUGGUUCGUUUGAUUUCACUGUCAAAAUUUUUUGAGAUCCCCCCCUCCCCCUUUUUGUGUCUUUUGUUUCUUGAUCGGACAAAUCCAGUCAAUCACUCAUGGGAGUGUUGAUUGAAGAGGAACAAUGAAACUCCAGUGAGGAAGAACGGUGAAAAGGUGACUUCCAUGGUGCUCCGUUGUUUGCUACGCUCGGGAGGGGACCCUACGGAAACACUCUGACGCUCAAGUGAGAACAUGGGGAUAAAAGGGGAAGUGAGAUGAUGGAGUAGAUAGUGUGUACCUUGUGUUCUCUUUAAACUUUGUCUUUAUAGAGGUUGACUCGCGUGGUUUGAGGUAGUCAUGAGUGCUUAGUACAUUUUUUUAGCUUCGUGCCCUUGUCUUGGUUGCCGGUCCAUAGUUACUUGAUGUGAUGUGGUGAAGUGACAUAAACAUCCUCGGUUUGGUGAUUGACCGUGCGACAGUGAGGACAUCGUCGCCUAUACGAGGGUGGUGAUGGUCAUGAUCGGUGACGGGUUUGAUUGGUAUGAGGCGAUCAAGUUAUGGAUUGGACAUCGUCUGACAUUUAGUUAUGGAUGCCGAGAGGUAUGAAAGUGAUUGAAUCUGGCUAUCGGAACAGUAGCCAUCUAGCUCUGGUGCGCAGUGAGCUGCGCACUGAGAGGUAUAUGUGUUCAGGGCAAUCACGCUCAAAGGACCUGGGAUCACCAUCAGAACUAUAGUGACCGGGGAUCACCGUCAGAACAUUUCUAAAACCCUCCUUCUGCCAAUAAAUUUUUUCUUUUCAGUUUAAUUUCUUCACAAAAAGGAAUGAAUUGAAAUGCAUGAUUGUCUUCCUGUGAGCUCAGAACUUUGUCAUCACUGGAAUAUAAAAUAUGACCCACCCUGACAUAAUAAUUUAACACAUCUAUUACCAAGUUGAUAUAUUGACCACAGUAGAUAUGAUUUACUUGCACAGCAGGUAAGGUGGUUAGGAUCAGUGUUUUGGGUUGAGAUUUUCAAAAUCAUUGUUGAACCAGUGAAGGAAUGUGGGAAUUCUCUGUUGGUUUAUAUAUGAUCCAUAUCUGGCCAGACUCAUUGCUCUAUGCAGCAAUAUAUGGUGCUGUUGAAUCUGCCUCCACCGCAGUGUUUGGUCCUAUAAUUGGAACAUGGGUUGAUAAGUUAACGUAUGUGAAGGUUUUGAAACUGUGGUUGGUGAUACAGAAUCUCUCUUUCAUUAUUGCCGGGGCCACUGUGUUUACCUUACUUGUCUACUCAUCUUUGAAGUUUACUUGUUUCUCAGCUUUCAUAUUGCUGGUUUCUAUAACCAAUGUCUGUGGUGGCAUUGGGGUGCUUUCAAAUCUUGCCGGUACCAUCUUGAUUGAAAGAGAAUGGUUGUUAGUUAUAUCCGAAGGUCAACCCCCGGAAUUGCUGACAAAGAUGAAUUCAGUUACCAGACGCAUUGAUCUGAGCUGCAAACUUCUUGCUCCUGUUAUAACUGGGUUUAUAAUAAGCUUUGUAUCCCUAGAAGCAUCUGCUAUAACUCUAGCACUCUGGAAUACUGUCUCUGUUUGGGUAGAGUAUUGGCUUUUUAUCUCGGUGUAUAAGGGGAUUCCAGCUUUGGGCCAAAGUAGCCUGAGGAGGAUGACAAGAUUUCCACGAAGGGAUCUAGAAAUGAAGAAUUCAACUUCAGAGGGAGAUAGCUUGCUUUCUGUUACUGAUAGUAACACUGAAUUGGCAGAUAGAGAAAGCUGGAACAAAAUUUCUGAGUGGAUUUCAAGGAUCCCUUAUAUUGAUGCAUGGAGAGUUUAUUUACAGCAACAAGUUGUGCUACCUGGACUAGCUCUGGCUUUGCUAUAUUUCACUGUACUCAGCUUUGGAACUCUAAUGACAGCCACAUUAGAAUGGAAAGGCAUAUCUGCAUAUGUUAUUGGAAUGGCACGAGGAAUAAGUGCUGUAGUUGGAAUCGCUGCAACAGUUCUAUAUCCUUUGCUGCAGUCUCGCAUACCGACAAUUAGAACUGGACUUUGGUCGAUCGGGUCUCAGUGGGCUUGCCUUCUCCCCUGUGUAGCUGCAAUAGGGAUAAAAAAUGGCCUUCUAUCAUCUUAUAUUUUGAUGGGAAGUGUAUCUAUAUCUCGGCUUGGACUGUGGAUGUUUGACUUGUCUGUACUUCAACAAAUGCAGAACCUUGUGCCAGAAUCUGAUCGUUUGAUUGUUGGAGGUGUUCAGAAUUCUCUGCAGUCCUUGAUGGAUUUAUUGGCCUAUGUUAUGGGAAUCAUAAUAUCUGAUCCACGGGACUUUUGGAAGUUGAUUCUGUUAUCGUUUCUGGCAGUCACAUUAGCUGCAUUCCUUUACUGCAUUCAUGUAUACCGCGCGGGGAGGCUUAUCUUUCACUUUGACAGACUUCUUAAGGGAGCAAAUGUGGAAGAAUAUUCAAGUUCAAAUUACAAUCCAUCGGAAGAAGAGGACAUACCAAGAAAUACUUGUAACAAUGACGAGGUUCUGAUUUGCGUGGAUAAAUCUAGCAGGUUGAAAGGGUGUUUUGGGGAUGGUUGCUUACAAUGAAAGAUAAGCAAGCCACGAGCCCAGUGAGUGUUUUGCUUGUUGGUACAUGUCUAAUUCUCAUUAUAAGUAAAAUCUCGAAUUCGAGCAUUGCAAAACUCUUCUAGGAGAGUUAGCCCUACCAUAAUGUAAAUGUUUCCGAUUAGAACAAGAUUGUCUCCCAAGAAGGAUAUAUAUAUAUAUUUUCUGAAAUGAGUGUCUACACAUACUUUGUGGUGUCUAUGAAUAAUCUUCCAGAAAGAGUACAAACUUACUAUACAGUUUAUGGCUACAUUUACUCAACCUAGUGGGUGCAUCCAAUAUAUCCUCUUUGAUGCAUUCGGUUGGAGCUAGUGAAAAAGAAAUGGAUCUCUCACGCAGCAGCCAAUUCACAGCAAAGCAUAUUUAUGAGCUAUUUCAACUAUUGGAUUUUACCGAGUUGCACAAUUAUUUGGUGCAAGAGUUAAAGUGUAAAACCCUCUUCUCUCCCAAAAUUUCUGUUCCUUUUUACUUUCUAAAUCAGCAUAUACUAAGUUGCAUAAUGUUUUGGAUCCA